AUGAAAACGAAGUAUACAAAAAUAUUAAUUAUUUCGUUCGGUAGGAUUGACAUCAUUUUGACAAUAUUACUCCUGUUAAUCUUCACCAAGACAGACAGUUGUGGAAAUGACUGUUGUAAUGGUUUAGUGUGGAAUCAGGAACUUAAAAGCUGUAUAAACUGUGAAAUUGGAUUUACGGGUACCUACUGUGACAUUCCAUGUCGCUAUCCUGCAUAUGGAUAUUUAUGUCAAAAAUCAUGCAAUUGCAAAGAAAUAUUUUGCAAUUUCUCAACUGGAUGUGAAGUUGGAUCACCGACUUUUGAACCACCAUCCCCAUCAACAACCAAGAAAUCAACAAAAACAAUGUUGUCAUCAACUACAAGUAUACAGCUCAAAACUAUUUAUUGUGACAUUGGUUUUAUUGGUCUCUACUGUAACAUCUCAUGUCGCUAUCCAUCCUAUGGGUAUUCAUGUCAGAAGUCAUGUAAUUGUGAACAGAAGUUUUGUAAUUUCUCCAUUGGAUGUGAAGCUGGGUCUCCAACUAUUGAACAACCAUCCCCAUCACCAACAGAGAAAUCAACGUCUACAAUGCUGUCAUCUGCUUCAGGAGAGUCAUCAUACAGCAGUAGUAUGGAAUUUUAA